AUGCGUAUUUCCAUCUUUCUCGUUCUUUCAUGUCUCAGUGCAACCAUUAGUGGCGAGGACGGGCCUAUACAGGACCCAGGCUCGACCUACAUUGCCAGCUACAAAUCCUCCGCUUGCACCGGUCACGUGAAGCAUAAGAUCAAGGUCAAGAACGACACAGAUCUCAUUCUCUUCAAGCCGACUGAAGGCAUAAACUCCUUCGGAAUCAACGUGGGCAACCCAGCGACAUAUUUGAACUUUUUCAAGGGCGAUAAAUGCGAUCAGCUCGCGGCCGUCCUCAGUCGUCCAGAUGUUAAUCAACCUGUGCCUGAUAUAACGAAGUUCUGGGUCGCUAAUUACGCAUCGAAAGACUGCACAGGGCCGAUCCUCAACUCAGAAGUGGUCUUCCUCCCAGACCCUCAUGCAAAUGUGACUAUAUUCAAACCGAAGGCAGACGCAAAAUCUUACGUCAUCAAUAUUGGCUCUGAGCGGGAACAUGUCAAUAUACUCUGGGGUAAAAAAUGCGACACUGUAAGCUGGACUCCAGGCUCAAAGGCCGAAUCGGAGCAAGCCUUUAGAACGGAGAGACCCCAAUUAUGCCUGAAAAAGGACGACAAGCCUACCGGAAAGCCCCGAAACAUGCGCACCUUCAUUGUCUCCAUCCUCGGCUGCCUCAGCGCAACCAUCCUUGGUGCUGCAGGUUCUACACCACCUCUGGACAACAGAUCCCUAACCUACGUCGCCAGCUUCAACACAUCCGACUGCACUGGUCGAACAACCGGGCCAGAUAACGGCAUACUCAUGCUCCCUGACGAUCCCAACGUCGUUACUAGAUGGCACCACCACCGCGACUUGACAUCCUAUGGUGUCAACAUUGGCUCCAACGAUGUUUUCGUCGUCGCUUUAUCAGAAAGCGGGGGAAAUUGCGACUAUGAAUUUUAUCGAUAUCCACUCAUAGGAGAUCCUCCCAAUGCUCUCUGGUUCUGCGAAAACUACCACCGCCACGAUCCUUCGGAAACGGAUAUCGAAAACCCUUUUCGAUUUGCUUGUGGGUUCAAGAGGUAUAAGAACACAACUAAAUAG